AUGUCAAUAAGGAGAUCAGAGACGGAAAGACACCCUCCAGACAGAUAUACUCCAGCAAUUGGGAAUAACAACGACAAAACUGUUAAUCCAAAGCCAAGUAAAGACCAACCAUCAGUAUCUGCCAAAUCUAGUACUUCUUCUAGUAGACGAAGAUUAAUGGAAGUGGAGUUGAAGAAGCUAGAAGAAAUGCAGAAAUUGGAAAGAGCCCAUGAGGAAAGAGAAAUGGAGCGACAACGACAAGUUGAAGAAAUGGAGCGGCAACGACGAAUGGAAGCUAGAGAACUAGAGCGACAGAAGCAACUGCUGACGGCGAGAGCUGAGCUUGAGUCUGCUUCAGUGUGUGGCAGUCAACAGUCAAGCCGCCCUAGUAAUCGAUCUGAAACCAAGAUAACUCUGUGCUGUCUGGGACUUAGCAUAAAUCUUGAUGAUGAGGAAGAACCGCAAAGCAAGGUUGAAAGGUGGUUGAAUGAAAAAGAACCGACAGUUCUUAAGUCCUCAUCAGCCAUCAUGACCUCAGCCGUGCAAAAGCUUGCGGAUACCUUCCAAAAAGCUAUACAGCCUGUUUCAUUUCGUCAAAAACUUCCAAGCUUCAGUGGCAAGCCUGAUGAAUGGCCGAUAUUUUUUUCGGAGUAUGAAAAAACUGCCUAUCUUUUUAGUGAGGAUGACAACCUCAUAAGAAUUGACACUUACGCACUCUUAGAUGACGGGUCAACAGUAUCUUUGUUGGAUUCAGCUACAGCCGAUAAAUUAGGCGUCAACGGUAGUUUUGAACCCCUCACGACAUGCUGGUCCAAUGCAACCCAACAUUUCGACCCAACAUCCAUGACUGGGAAAGUUAAAAUUAAAGGGCUAUAUGAGGACGAAGUAUUUACAUUAAACAAUGUACGAACCCAGUCACCAUUGGACUUACCAAAACAAAUGGUGGAUACUGUCAAACUAAAAAAGAAGUGGUCUCACUUACGGUCAAUUGGUCAACCUUUGCCGUCAGGAAAUUUGAAACCUACAAUACUUAUAGGUCAAGACAACUGUGACCUUAUUCUAGCAAGGAAAAUUAUUGAAGGUCCUCCCAACUCUCCAGUCUUGUCUUGGAGUCGUUUAGGCUGGACAUUGCACGGUAAAUGUCAUGAACACAUUGGGCGAGUAGAUAGUCAAUUCACUCUAACGUCUUUUGAAAGUGAAAAACUUCAUGAUAUUAUCAAAGAUUCUUUUGAAAUCGAAAAUUAUGGCGUGUCCCUAGUAGAAGAUGACAAUGUGAAAUCAGUUGAAGACGAAACAGCCCUCAAGAUUUUAGAAGAUACGACCAAAAAAGUAGGGGAUAGGUAUGAAUCCGGCCUACUAUGGAAGUCAGAAGACUUUAAAUAUCCACCGAGCUAUGAAAAUGCGCUGAAAAGGCUUAAGGGUAUUGAAAGGAAGAUGGCAAGAGACGAAAACUUUCAUAACAAAUACAAAGCCAAGAUCACUGACUAUGAAGAAAAAGGUUACAUCAGAAAACUACGUGAUGACGAAGCUACUGUUAUAAAUGACCGGACGUAUUAUCUGCCUCAUUUUGGGGCAAUAAAUCCAAACAAACCUGACAAACUGAGGUUAGUAUUUGACGCAGCUGCUAAAGCGAAUGGUGUGUCAUUCAAUGAUGGUUUGCUUAGUGGUCCUGACCUUUUGAACCCUCUGCCAGCAGUACUUCUCAAAUUCAGAUUAAGAAAAUUUGCGAUCGCAGGUGACAUACAAGAAAUGUUUCAUCAAGUACGUAUCAGAAAAGAAGAUGUCGAUUCGCAAAGGUUUCUAUGGAGAGAAGAUCCGAACAACGAACCAGAUACCUAUAUCAUGGAAGCAAUGAUAUUUGGAUCAACGUGUUCCCCGAGUACUGCCUUGUAUGUAGUAAACAGCAACGCCAAGAGGUUUCUACAAAUUUACCCAGAAGCAAGUAAAGCGAUCCUCUGCAGUGAAUACAUGGACGAUCUACUAGACUCUACUGAUACAGAAGAAGAAGCUAGAAUUAGAAUACAACAGAUAACAGAAAUUCACAAGUCCGGAGGUUUUAAAAUCUGUAACUGGUUGUCAAAUUCAAAAGAAAUUUUACUUGAAAUACCGGAAGAUUUGAAGACAAACUCUACAAAACAGCUGCAACCUGAAAGUCGUCUACCUACAGAACGUAUCCUCGGAAUGUGGUGGGAUGCUGAAACUGACCACUUUUCAUUUCACCGGAACGCCGAAAAGAUAUUUUGGUCAGAUUCUGUAACAGUUUUGCACUGGCUGAAAUCCGACCCUAGACAAUUCAAACAGUAUGUUUCCAAUAGAAUUGGAGAAAUUCAAGAUUUGUCUAAACCUGAAGAAUGGAGAUGGGUUCCACCAAAACAGAAUCCGGCAGAUGUUGCAACUAGAAGUAACAAAAAGUUUACAUCAGCCAUGCAUUCUGAAUGGAUUCACGGACCCUCAUUUCUAAUGCGAGAAUCUAGUGACUGGCCAAUACAACCGGCCACACUACAAGUCAAGGAUAACGAAGAAACAAAGAAGAAAUUCGUCGGAGUUGUAAACAGUAAUGAAAACCCUCCUCUUUUGACAGUUGAAAACUUUUCUUCUUGGGAAAAAGUGACACGUGUAUUAGCAUGGGUACACAGAUUUGUUAGCAUGCUAAGGUCCCAUACUACCACCACCACCAAAAAGAAACUGAAAACGGUCAACGUAGAUUUUGGAAAUAUACCAGAACUUCAACCAGAGGAAAUUCAAAAAGCUGAAAAGGACUUGAUAUCAAUGUCUCAAAAGGCAAGCUUCAAUGAAGAAAAAAAUUUACUGCUGAAGAACAAACCGCUACCAAAGUCCAGUAGAAUAUUCUCUUUAAAUCCCUUCAUUGAUCAGUCUCUAAUAAGAAUGUCGAGUAGAAUACAUAGUUCACCAGAAAUAAGCGAAGAACAAAAGCAUCCUAUCAUUUUAGACGGCAAAAGUCAUACAGCUAAACUAAUCGUAAAAAUGUUUCACGAGAAAUGUUUCCAUCAGGGCAUCGAGACUGUUAUCAAUAUGACUAGACAACAGUUCUGGAUCUUAAACGUACGAUCAGUCGCCAAGAAAGUCCAAAGGAGCUGCAUGAGGUGUAGCAUAGACAAUGCCCAACCUUAUCCUCCUCAGAUGGCUGCACUACCACAGUUAAGGACCUCAAAAGUGCAACAUCCAUUCUUCUACACUGGAGUGGAUUAUUUCGGACCUAUCGAAGUUACUGUUGGCCGCAGACAUGAGAAAAGAUAUGGUGUCCUAUUUACCUGUUUAUCGACUCGAGCAAUUCAUAUCGAAACGGCUCAUUCUCUUAACACAGAGAGUUGUAUAAUGGCGAUUCAACGAUUCAUCAGCCGAAGACCAGUUCCCUCAGAAUUAUAUUCCGACAAUGGCACAAACUUUGUAGCUGCAGAUAGGGAACUUAGAAACGCUGUAAAGUCACUCAAACAUGAAAAGAUCCAAAAAGACGUGGUGAACUACAGGAUAAAGUGGAAUUUCAUUUGCCCGCGAGCACCACAUAUGGGAGGCUGCUGGGAAAGACUUGUUAGGUCUGUAAAGACCGCAUUAAGGAGUGUUAUGCGCUGCCAGUACCCAAAAGACGAAGAGCUUCAGACAUUCAUGGUUCGCGUUGAAUUUAUAAUAAAUUCUCGCCCACUCACACAUGUUUCUCUGGAUCCCAAUGACCCCGAACCAAUCACACCAAACCAUUUUCUAAGAGAAGCUUACAAAAUCAACCUAAACAAAGACCAACUAUGUAAACGACAAUUAGCUCGUGUUAAAUCACUCCUAGACGGCUUCUGGAAGAGAUGGGUGCACGAGUACCUUCCAUGCCUUUCAAGACGGUGCAAAUGGCACAAGAAAUUGGACCCACCAAAGAUUGACGAUCUUGCAAUAAUAAUUGAGGAAAACUGCCCAAGAAAUACAUGGCCCCUUGGCCGAAUCUCGGCUGUCUACCCAGGUCACGAUGGCCAAGAACGAAUAGUAGACAUCACAACAUCAAAAGGAACUUAUCGCCGGCCUCUGACUAAAGUUGCAGUCCUUACCGUUGGAGGGGAAAAGAUGUAA